CCUCUUCAACCUCGCCCAACAGCCGCGCCCCAGUCACUGCCUCCAUCUCAACGGAUUCCAAAGGAGCCUUUGCGAGAGACGUUGUUCGACUAGUCGCCGUUUGCCGGCCUGUGUGAUUGUCUCAAGAUGGGCUACCCGUGCCAGGUCUUCCACGCCUCUGAGCUGCCCGAGCGUGUCCAGACCGAUCUCAAGGGCCGCAAGCGCAAGCUGGAGAGUGGCGUGCGCAACGUCGACCUCACCGGAUGCGAGCUCCUCGAGAUGCUGCAGUACAAGUGUGAGAUCAAGGAGCCCGUCAAGUGGGAUAGCCCUGUGCAGUGCUAUGCUGUCGAUCGAUUAUUCCGGAAAUGCAAGGAUCGAAAGGGAACGUUCAUGGUUGAGACGACAGCGUGGGAGGGGAGAGAUUAUCCAGAGGCCGGCAGCACCGGUCAGAAAAAUGACGACAAGAAGGACGGCAAGGACAAGACGCCUCCGCAGCAUUACCAAUGGUCGUCGAGUUGGCAUUCUCCCGACUCAGCUCGGUAGUGAAUUUCAUUUAUGGGUAUUUAUUAUAAUCGAGCCCAUCAGCCGGUGUUUCAUUGGCGAGUCUGGUGGUAUGUCGUGAGAG